GCAAGGCCCCAACCAAGAAAGGCAUCCAAAUCCAAUAUAUCUUAAUUAGUUCGAAUUAUAUAUUUAGUUUUUCUCUUCAAACCAAUACUAAAAAUAUGUCUUGCUGCUCAGGAAAGUGUGGUUGUGGUUCUGCCUGCUCUUGCGGCAGUGGCUGCACUGGAUGUGGUGGCAAGUACCCUGACCUUGGAAUCUUAGAGACUAACACCUCUGUAUCUCUCAUCACUGGAAUAGCACCAGCCAAGGCUUACUAUGUGGACUCGGAGAUGAGCUAUGGAGCUGAGAAUGAUGGCUGUGGUUCCGGGUGCAGCUGUGGUUCGAACUGCUCAUGUGGCUCAGGUUGCAAGUGCGGCAAAUGAUCGGUGGAUAAAGAGCCCCAAGCCCCAGAAAAAAAAAACCAUAAUUAUAUAUAUGAAAUAAGAGAAUAAUAUAUAUAUGUUAUCAUGGUGAUUGGAAAAUGUCUAAAAUGUUUGGGUAAAUGUAUGCAGGGUACUCUAGUACUACUGAAUAAUAUUUGAAUCGUUUCAAAAUGAGUAAAGCCAUGUUCAUGCAAUACUGUACAAGCUUCAUUUCCUAGUAAGUUAGGAUUUGUGGGUUUGUAUAUAUAUGUGUAUGUAUAUCAUGGCCAUUAUAUACCGUGUUGCCAAGCUCUUUUCCUA